CCUGCAAUCCGAAGCCACAAGCGCCGCACCAGUUCCAGAUCUCCACCGAUGGCGAUAGGGGGAUGAAGAGGGCUAGGCGAAUGCGCUGUUGAGACGCCGGCAAGGACGAUUGACUUGGCACUUGGACAGAGCCGAGCAAUCGGCACCACGGCGUACUCUACUGGUACUGCAUGCUCACACGGAUGUCGUUAGUAUUUUGAGCCGGGCACGGGAUAAUAAUCGAUAUCGUGACACCGCUUUUUGUCGUCUGAAAAUUUCGCAACACUCAGCCUAGAUUUCUGGGGACCACCGGACGACGGCGGUGAGUUCAUCAGAUCAGUGCAUUUCUCCUUCUGCGACCAGUUGCCACCCACUAUUCUCAGCUAGCAGGUCAGACCCCUGUCCAGGCCUACCACUACCAGGUUUGCUGAACUUUUACUUACUGCAACUGUUGAGUGAAGUUAUAACUAAAACGCUUCUGUGUCUGUAUCAGUUGGCUGUUCUGACUUUGAACGAGAACUGAGGUUGCAAAGAAAUAAUUCGUCUUGAUUUUAGGCUGCAAUGGCGGCACAACCAGCCACGGACAACCACAGUGCUGCGCGGGUUCAGCUCAGAGAGAAAUUGCAAGGCUUGCGAGGAAGGUGCGGGAAAGAAGUGAGGGCUAGCGGCGGCUCUCAGCUGCGUUCACAUCGACGCGUGGAUGACGGAAUCGAGCACUGUGUGCGCAAGGCGAGCGCACCGUCCCGACGCAGACGAAAUUGCUUACUGGUGACGCUGGCGCUGUUCGUGGUAGGCUGGUAUGUGGCGUUCUACGUCCUUCCUGUGUACUGGCCAGCCUACGAGAACUACGUGGCGAAAAAGAUGGGCGCGAACACGUACUCUGUGCAGCGAAUCCUGAGGCGCUUCUCACUGCCCAUAAUGUACAGGCUGCCUAAACUGGCCGAGUUGCUGCACAAUCCAUCGUGUGCUUUCAGCAAUCCAUACUAUUCAGAAGAUGACGCCCUCGCAGAGCCGAUUGAAGACGCUGAGCAUGCCGCGUCCAUUCUGAGAGGUGGGAAGGCGAGCGCGGGCAAGAAAGGAGCCAAGAAGUCCACGAAGACGGACACCGGCGCCCCCGUCGGUGAUGACCAGCUGGACGAUAUCAAGGACGUGAGCGACAUGUGCUCUUGUAUCGGCGUGCGCGGCGCUGGGCGCAUCAGGAAUCGCUCGUCACUCAAGAUGAAGCAUCUUCUGCGGGAUGCCGGCGUUCCGCUGGUGCUGCGCGUGGACAACACCACUGCUGAUCCCGCUAGCGUGUCCAUUCGUCUGGCAUCACUGCUCAGCGUUAUGAAGGAGAAGCGCGAUAACUUCACCAGUCACCUGUGUCAUGUCAAGCCACGCGGCAGUAAGGACGAGUGUUCAAGCACAGUGGCGUCGGUGCUGGACUUUGUGCUGAGCAACGCGGGCAAUGACAUGCCCCAUCUCCACUACACAUGGUCAUACUGCCGGACUGCUGCAGAGAUGGCAACAACGCACCUCCACACAGCGCUAAUGCCACAUACCUACUUGCGCUCGAAGAAUAUAGUCUUCUCUGAAUCGCCCACGCUCGUCAUCAGCAAGGCUGUGAACGACACGAGCGAAGAGGAUAUUCCGGAUAUGCUCAUAGCGGAUCUCGACAUUGGCGUGUAUCACCAGCUUUCCGGCAGGAGGGGGAUUAACUUGAGUCCGGCAUCAUGCAAACGUUGCAAGGCCAUCAGGGUCAACCUUGAAGCUGGCGAAGUCUUGUUCUUCGAUUCAGCAGUCUGGGUUGAAAGUCUCGCUCCAGCCUUUGUAUUGGAUGGAGACAGCGACAUGUGGUCUAUAACGUAUGGUUAUAGUAUUGGAUCUAGCAAGACCGCUCUAGCCCCACUCUAUCAUACCGCAGACUGGGAAGCGGAUGACAGCAGCUGCUAGCUGUGUCUAUGUGUCUCACCAUGCUAUCCGCUGUCCCAAGCCCCGCUCGGUUGUACCGCGCACGUAGGAGUGUAUGCAUGCGCACACGGCAAUGUGUGUGUGUGUGUGUGUUUGUGUGUGUAACCUGGGAAGGCGACAAUGAGCCUGAUAUGUCAUCCGUUCUAUCAGUGAACUGCUGCUUAGUGUAGCCAUGAUUACCUGCUUCUACCUGCUGCACACAGGAACAUGGCCUAGACCAUUUUUGAGGUAUGGACUCUUUGCUCAUCCGUGUCACCACUCGCGGCGGUCACGGUUCAUCUUCUGAUCCGACAUUUUACGCUGAUAUCAUUUCCUGUAUUGUUAAGUGUCUGUGCAGCAGACUCAAAUCUGUGCGGUGAUUCUCCACUAUUCGCCCGCAUGAUUACAACCGCAUCUCCGGUAUGACAUCUGCUGUGGUAUAUUGAAGUGUAACUCGAUUAUGGCCCGGUUUCAGGUGUUUGCACAAUUGGACAUACCUCUCCUUUAUUUGUAUUUUGUAACUAUUAUCUUUAUUGGACCGUUGAACAGGACCUAUUUUUAAAGCUGCCCUUGUACCCGUAUUUGUGCCAUGGCUGCCCGAACUGCGUAGGAAAGUUGACCAGAUGACAGUGGAAUUAUUGUAUAUUUACUUAUCCUCCGUUUUCAUGCAGAUCCUCUCGUUGAUCCCAUGUUCAUGCUUCACUAGCGAAUGAACCGUGACUUCUCUACUUGUUACCGUUUUGGUACGUAUAUGUUCCUCCCAAUAAAACGCUGCGUAUUAUUCAA